CCGCAUUCAAACCCCAGUUGUUAAAUUCACUCCAAGCCGAGCGGAUCUACACAUAUAUUUUAUUUUAUAUAGAACUACAUUCCGAACCCAAAUCAAACACAACAUGACAGACUACGUUUGGAUUAGCAGCAAUGUCUAUGGAGGUCUGCCCGGUGGCGCCGUCCUGGGUGGCCAUGAUUCGGAUCAGGAUCCCAUCUUUGUGGGACGUGCCUACCACAAUGGAGAGCUGCUGCCCGCCAAGGUGGUGCCCAACAAGCAGCAGGCCUACGUGGCCUGGGGUGGCCAGGAGAUCAGCAAGCACGACUACGAGGUCCUCACCGGCGACCACUUCUCCUGGGUGCCGGCCAGUGGCGGCGAAGUGCCCCCCUUCGCCCUGCGCGUCGGCCAGACCGCAGAUGGAGAGGCUCUGUUCAUAGGACGUGGCUAUUUCCAGGGCAGUCUCACCCCCGGCAAGGUCCAUCCCUCGCACCAGUGCCUGUACAUCCCCUACGGCGGACAGGAGCAUCGUCUUGAGGCCUAUGAAGUGCUAGUCCAACCGGAGGUGUGGGUCUCCUCUUCCGGACGCAAUAUUGUGCCGGGAACUGUGGUCGGCGGUCACGAUGCGGAUGGUGAUCAGAUAUUCGUUGGCCGUGCCUACCACGAGGGCGAUAUGCUGCCAGCCAAGGUGAUUCCCAACAAAGGAUGUGCCUACGUGCCCUACGGCGGCGGGGAGGUGGUGAAGCACGACUUUGAGCUGUUGGCCGGAUACGGUUACGGUUGGGUUCACGACAGCCACGGCAACGUGCCCGGAAACGCUGUGCUCGCCGGCCGGACAUCUGACGGUGAGCCACUCUUCAUCGGCCGUGCCCAUCACCAUGGCAGUCUGACUCCCGGCAAGAUUCAUCAGUCCCACCACUGCCUCUACAUUCCAUUUGGUGGCGAGGAGGUGCGUCUGGAUCACUACGAGGUCCUCGUCAAGGCCUAAACUCAACAUUGACACGGAAGUCUGCUAAUAUUCGUCUGCCUUUUAAUUUAUAAACCCAUCAAGUCUCAAAUAAAAUCGAGUUUCAUAGAAAA